AUGGGUGCGGCAGCUGGGGGAAUUAAAGAAAGAAUAUUGAAUUAUAGCGAAAGUGUUCGCCAAGAAUUUACUAUUGAUGAAUUCCAACACAAAUUUAUGAGAAGUGGGUAUACCCCAAUCAAAAUAGUUUUAGAACAUGACAAAGAAGUAAUUAAUCGUUAUUGGGCUAACAAAACUAUUAAAAAAGGAGGAGAAACUAAUACUUAUUUCAAUGUGGCUGAUUUUGGAGCCUAUUUUGAAGAAAAGGGAAGCAAAAUUGAGAGUUUAGGAAGUAAUUCUAGUGGUAAUGACGAUACUUUGGAAAUUGAGGGUGGAGGAGAGGAAAUUUUGGAUACUUUCGACCCAAGCAAAGCGAUAGCGGGAUAUACUACCUAUUUUCGAGUGCCGAAUGCCGACUUGUUUAAAGCGAUGUGUGUAGAUCAAUUUUCAAGCCAUCACAACGGACCAGCACCAAAAGGGGAUAUGAACGAAAUUGGAAACACAAAAUUUUCCGAUGGAAAAAUGCAGAAAGGAGGAGAUCUUUAUACUUAUUUUGAUAUUCCUAAUGGAGGAGGACUUGCCCCUGAAGCUAGUGAACCAAAUAUGGAACCUGAAAUUAAUCCUCCUGAGGCUAUUCCUGAACCAACCGAAGCACUUAUUGACGGCACUGAACUUCAAGAUGAAGAUAAUCCAGAAGACACUCCUGAAGGCGAGGAUGAAAUAGGGGAUGCUGAAGAUUGA